AUGAAGUUCACUGUUGUACUGCUCCUCCUCGUAGCGCUGAUUGCUCAACUUAGCGCAGCGUUGCCCAUGACCAACGAUGCCGAGCUGGUGGCUUUGGACUCCAACGAGGAAAAGUCAGAAAAGAGUGACGCCAGAGCUUCAGCGGGACAACGUCAGGAGGCGGCACACAUGGUUAUCGCGCCACGGAAACUGGACGAGGAACCGGUGGAGCCCCGUUCGGCUAUGUUCGAUACCAUUGUGGAGGAGCUGCAUGCGGCGGGCGUGCAGACUGCGGACAAGCGACAGCUGGAGACGCUCAGCUACAAGGACUUGACACGAUUGCUGGCCCUGUGGCAUCUAACGCAGCGACGCACCUACUACGAGGCUGACGAGAAUCGUGCGCCGCCCACAACAUCCGAUUAGGGAUUUGGUGAUCAUCGACGUCGACGUCGACGUCUCCCAGCAAACUUUAAAAUUUUACUCAUUGUUUAGUUUACAAUUUUAUUUGCUAAGCACUUAAAAAAAAUGGUUGGUGUUCCCAAAUAAAAAGCAAAGCAAAAACGUGAA